AUGCAGAUCUCCAAAGAUGAGGGCAGAAGACUGUGUGCCCACUGCACGCGUGUUCUGCAGGACGGGGACGUGCAGCGUCACCUCUAUCUCCAGGACGUGCUCACUGGGGUGGCUGGGCCGCCUGAGAGGCCCAGGGUGCCCGAGUUCACCUGUCAGGUGGCGGGCUGCUGCCAGGUAUUCGACACCCUGGAGGACUAUGAGCACCACUACCACACUCUGCACAGAAACACGUGCUCCUUUUGUAAGCGAGCCUUCCCCUCGGGACACCUGCUGGACAUCCACAUCCUGGAAUGGCACGAUUCCUUGUUCCAGAUUCUGUCCGAGAGGCAGGACAUGUAUCAGUGUUUGGUGGAAGGCUGCACAGAGAAGUUCAAGACCAGCAAAGACAGGAAGGAUCACCUGGUGAGGCGUCACCUCUACCCUGUGGACUUCCGGUUUGAUAAACCAAAGAAAAGCAGAGGUCCAGCCACUCCCACGUCCACCCUGCAAGUGUCAGCAGAAGCCCUGGGAGAUGACGGGGAGCAGUUGGAAGGAGACACCAUGGAGGUCUGCUCUGAACACGUGGCGCCCCCCGCAGAGCCCUUGGGCGAGAGGCGCGCCUACAGCCACAGAAUACCUUCCACCAUCUGUUUUGGUCAAGGUGCAUCACGAGGAUUUAAAAGGACCAGGAACAGAAAUAAGCACCAGUGACAGCUGAGCCAGAGCGCAGACCUUUGCCACCUUCCCUGUCUCAGUCCCUUGGGAAAUGGCUGGAUGACGCCAGUGGCCAGUAUCAGCAGAGAGACCACAGAUUUCAAGAGUGACCCUGACAGGUGCUCCAGCCUGCCUCCCUCUGUAGGGGCCAUCCUACAAAUGUCCUUUAUAAAGCAAAUAUUUUUUAUUAA